AAUCCGUACGUGCACGCGUAUUCACCCAUAUAUGAUGAAGUAAGUUGGACUCAUCCGUCAGGUAAUAGCGACUCGGAAGCGGCACAGCUUGAAGCCAAACUUGAACCUUCGCAAUCAUGUCAAACCCGCUGAAGCGGCCGCGUACCGAAGGCAGUGCCAUCCAGGAGGAUCUGAAAAAGGAUCUGGUCAAAGACAAGGAAGCGUGGUUCUACGACGGCAACAUUGACAUUGUCGCGGAAGGGAUCGCCUUCCGCGUACAUCGCAGCGUGCUCUCCCUCCAUUCCGACCUGUUCCGCGACAUGCUGUCCAUCCCUCAGGCUCAAGACGCAGGGACCUCAAGCGACGUUCCAGCGGUAGACGUGACCGACUCCGCGGACGAUAUGCGCCACCUUCUGCUCACUCUCUAUCAUAAUAACAAACAUUUCAAACCGGACAAGAAAGUCGAUUUUGAAGUUGUUAACACGCUUGUCCACAUUGCGCACAAGUAUCAAGUACAGAACGUGCUGGACGAAGCCAUGAGUCGUAUCAAGGCGCUCUUCCCAGGCACCAUGCACGCGCUCAUCAAAGUGCUGGAUGAAUAUCCGGCCGGCCACACCAUGAAAUACGAAGACACGAAAACAAACUCUCUGCGAGUCAUUGAGAUCGCACGGCUCGUGGGGGAUACCUCGCUUUUGCGCCCCGCCUACUACCGUCUGUGUCAGCACGUACGCCGUGGCGGGCCCGAGGUAGAUGAAUCGCUCAAGGACUCGGACCCUCUAUCAGCGGCAUUCGACGAGGUCACUAGGCGCGCUGUCGCGGGCGCCCCGCAUCUGCGACUUGCAACGCUAGAGGUUCGGGAGGAGGCGUUUAUGACAUCCACAGCAGAGGAGUGCUUUCAAGAUGAUUGCUUGGAAGUUCUCAGUUCAAUGAACGCCUGCAUGGUUGACGAGCAAUCGCUGUUGUGCGACGCAUUUGACUGUGUUGAUAUGGAGGGCUGGAGUGACACUCUGUGUGGGAGAUGCGUGUCGCUGGUUCAGGGGAGAGAGAAUGACGCGCAGGAAAGAGUCUGGGAGCAGCUCCCGACUUUCUUCAACUUCAAGGAGGACUAGGCAGCCUUUGUCACACGCGAAAUAAUCUGAUC